CAGGGGGGCUGCGCCCGCCUCCGACUCUGCAGGGCGCACCCGCGAAAACUGUCCAUCCCGGAGUCUGUCCAUCCCUCGGGGGUUGUCCAUCCAUCGGGACUGUCCAUCCCGGGAAUUGUCCAUCCCGGAGCCUCCCCUCCACGGCUGAAGUCACGGCCCCUCCACCUCCUCCUGUCCCCACCCCUCCUCCUGCCUGCCUGCCUGCCUCCAGCCUGCGAGGACUCGGAGGUGCAGAGGGCUGAGGAUGAAGAAGUAAACUCCCGACCUGCAGACAAUGAGGUCCGCGCCCCUGCUGCAGCUGGCGCUGGUGCUCGCCCUGCCCAGGAGCCUGGAGGGCAAGGGGUGUCCCUCUCCGCCCUGUGAGUGCUUCCAGGAGGAUGACUUCAGAGUCACCUGCAAGGAUCUGCACCGCAUCCCCCGCCUGCCACCCAGCACCCAGACCUUGAAGUUCAUAGAGACUCAUCUGAAAGUCAUUCCCAGUUGUGCGUUUUCAAAUCUGCCCAAUAUUUCCAGAAUCUACCUAUCAAUAGAUGCAACUCUUCAGCGACUGGAAUCACAUUCCUUCUACAAUUUGAGUAAAAUGACUCACAUAGAAAUUCGUAACACCAGAAGUUUAACUUAUAUAGAUCCUGGUGCCCUAAAAGAACUCCCCCUUCUGAAGUUCCUUGGCAUUUUCAACACUGGACUUAGAAUCUUCCCUGACCUGACCAAAGUUUCCUCCAUCGAUGUAUUUUUUAUACUUGAAAUCACAGACAAUCCGUAUAUGACUUCCAUUCCUGCAAAUGGGUUUCAGGGACUAUGCAAUGAAACCCUGACGUUGAAACUCUACAACAAUGGUUUUACAUCAGUCCAAGGAUAUGCUUUCAAUGGGACAAGGCUGGAUGCUGUUUACCUCAACAAGAAUAAGUACUUGACAGAUAUUGACAAAGAUGCAUUUGGAGGAGUCUACAAUGGACCGACUUUGCUGGAUGUCUCUUACACCAGUGUCACUACCCUGCCAUCCAAGGGUCUGGAGCACCUGAAGGAGUUGAUAGCAAGAAAUACCUGGACUCUGAAGAAGCUGCCACUGUCCUUGAGUCUUCUUCACCUCACGCGGGCUGACCUCUCGUAUCCAAGCCACUGUUGUGCUUUUAAGAAUCAGAAGAAGAUCAGAGGAAUUCUUGAGUCCUUAAUGUGUAAUGAGAGCAGUAUUCGGAGCUUGCGUCAGAGAAAAUCUGUGAAUGCACUGAAUGGCCCUUUCUACCAGGAAUAUGAAGAUCUGGGGGACAGUAGCGCUGGGUACAAAGAAAACUCCAAGCUCCAGGAUUCCUACAGGAACUCUCAUUAUUACGUCUUCUUUGAAGAACAAGAAGAUGAGAACAUUGGUUUUGGCCAGGAGCUCAAAAACCCCCAGGAAGAGACCCUACAAGCCUUUGACAGCCAUUAUGACUAUACUGUGUGUGGGGGCAAUGAGGACAUGGUUUGCACCCCCAAGUCAGACGAGUUCAACCCCUGUGAAGACAUAAUGGGCUACAAGUUCCUGAGGGUUGUGGUGUGGUUUGUGAGUCUGCUAGCUCUCCUGGGCAAUGUCUUUGUCCUGGUCAUCCUCCUCACUAGCCACUACAAACUGACUGUCCCACGCUUCCUCAUGUGCAACCUGGCCUUUGCAGACUUCUGCAUGGGGCUGUAUCUGCUCCUCAUCGCCUCUGUGGACUUCCACACACACUCUGAGUACUACAACCACGCCAUCGACUGGCAGACAGGCCCUGGGUGCAACACCGCGGGUUUCUUCACCGUCUUUGCCAGCGAGCUGUCGGUGUACACGCUGACAGUCAUCACCCUGGAGCGCUGGUACGCCAUCACCUUUGCCAUGCGCCUGGAUCGGAAGAUCCGCCUCAGGCACGCGUAUGUCAUCAUGGUGGGGGGCUGGGUUUGCUGCUUCCUCCUGGCCCUGCUCCCGCUGGUGGGAAUCAGCAGCUACGCCAAGGUCAGCAUAUGCCUGCCCAUGGACACCGAGACCCCUCUUGCCUUGGCAUAUAUCAUCCUGGUUCUGUUGCUCAACAUAGUUGCCUUCAUCAUUGUCUGCUUCUGUUACGUAAAGAUCUACACCACCGUCCGGAAUCCCCAGUAUAAUGCAGGGGACAAAGACACCAGAAUCGCCAAGAGGAUGGCUGUGUUGAUCUUCACUGACUUCAUGUGCAUGGCCCCAAUCUCUUUCUAUGCUCUGUCGGCGCUUAUGAACAAGCCUCUUAUCACCGUUUCCAACUCCAAAAUAUUGCUGGUUCUCUUCUAUCCUCUGAACUCCUGUGCCAAUCCAUUCCUCUAUGCGAUUUUUACCAACACCUUCCAGAGGGAUGUCUUCAUCCUGCUUAGCAAGUUGGGCAUCUGUAAACGUCAGGCUCAGGCGCACAGGGGCCAGAGAGUUUCUCCAAAGAACAGCACGGGUCUUCCAGGGCCAAAGGCCAACCGGGACAUGAUGCAAGGUCUCCCCAACAUUCAGGAUGACUAUGAACUGCUUGAGAACCCUCAUCUCACUCCACAGAAGCAAGAACAAAGCUCAAAUGAGUACAGGCAAACAGUUUUGUAAGCUGACCCUAAACUACUGGCAGUGGCAUGGGGGUUGAAUAUACAACCCCAUGGCACAACAACUAGCCUAACUAAUCUUCAGACGAGUGAUGCUUCAUGGGACAAGAAUUCACCUCUGUGGACCAGGCAGUGGCACACCUGGUUAAGCGCUCACAUUACAGUGAGCAAGAAGCCAGGUUCAAGCCCCUGCUCCCCAUCUGCAGGGGGAAAGCUUCAUGAGUGGUAACGCAGGGCUGCAGGUGUUUCUCUGUCUCUAUGUCCCCCACCUGACUCAAUUUCUGUCUGUCUCUAUCCAGUAAUGAAUAAAUAAAUAAAUAAAUAAAUAAAUAAAUAAAUAAAUAAUAUUUUAAAAAGAAAAAAGAAUUCAUCUCUGGAAAGGAACUGGCAGUAACUUAAUCAUCACCCCCAAGAAAGAAGAGAGGUUACCAGGAUAUCUAAGUCCAAGGAGAUCUUAUAAGAUUUUCUCAGUAAGUACUGAGAAGACACUGUGUACAAUGCUGAACAAAUAUUGACUGCUCCAUGUCAAAACUGAGCUUCUCUCUUAGAUAACACUUCAUACUGAUAUUUCAGCACAUGCUGUUAAUUUGGUUGGUGGACACAAGAAAAAAUAAUCAGCUAUAUUGUUAACUCAAUCCAACUUCAUGUUCACUAUUAACAACCAAAGAGUCUGAAUUCUUUUAAACUAAAUGGUUGACAUCAUGAAAGGGACAGUUAUUAGAAAAUAGGAGGAGAGGUUUUGAGGGUUUUUUUUUUUUCCCCAGACUCUGAAAUUUUUAAUUAUCUCUUCACAAGAAUCUACCUGAUGUGACCUAAUUAGUACUUUUUGUGUGUGAAAACUGGCAGAGUUUCAGCUUGUGACCUAGCAAACUAAUAACUCAUCUUCUUGGCUAGUUUCAUGGAUAGCAGACAUGAACUCUAGAAAUAUGUUUAAGCAGUAAGAAAUAGGAGUUACGAGUGGAGCACACUAAAUAACCUCUUGAUUAAUAAAGCAGACUGGACACCAGUCUUGGGCAAAUUUCUCAAAACUCAGAAGUCUGAAGCAAUGAAAGCUCUUGCUAUCCUCUUCGUUUAAAAAAUUUUUAUUCCUUUCUCUAAAAGCAUGUUUCUGUGACCAGGAAAAAAGGAAAGCACUUGUGAAGCAGUAUCUGUUUUUCCUAUUCUGUGAAACUCUUCGGAGCCUAUGCGUAUGACCCAGGGGGAAAAAUUUUUUUUUUCUGUUUCAUUUUUUGGUUAUGACAUCUGCACCAAAAAUUCUGUUGAAUGAUCAUAUUGAGCUGGUUCUGAAUCAGUCAUCAAAUUACUAGGCCUACAUAACUAUGAUUAUCAAGCCAGAAUGGAUUGGUAUUCACAUAAUAGAAUAAAAGUUGGCUUUGGAAA